UCAGUUGAUCAUAGGAUGAGAUAAGUGGAUUGUUUACCUUUCAUUGAGACCUCUUAAUCUGCAAAUAAUAAACUGUUAAUACCUAUGGUGUUUCAAAUAUUAUAACCGAAAGGCUUUGAAAUCUGGUGUAAUAAAGUAUCGGCAUUAAUAUCAUGAAUCAGUAGUAGUCAUAUUUAGAACUGUUAACUCACCAUGUGCAUUUUUCCCCCACACAGAUAUGGACGCACCCGAAGAGCCCCUUGAUUUAACAACUGUAUGUCGUGAUUUGUCAGGCGUACUGAAAACCAAUAUCUGUAAUUACAAAUGUGAAGGCAUGCAAAGGUCGACAGUACUGGGACUGGAAAUGGAGACUGUAACCAGUUCAUCAGGUGUAACCAGUUAUUUUAUGCCUACGAUCUCACAAAUAACAGCAUCUACAACAUUCACAUCAACAUUAACAACGCCCCUGAAUAUUCCAUCAACAGCUGUUACUAUCACAAGUCUGUUAUCAACAUCUCUACGUAUGAGCGCUAACCUUCUUAUGCAGAGUGCCCGACUAUAUGAACUAUUGAAGUUUUCUAACCACAAUAUGCAUAAUUCUUAUCAAAACACUUCAUAUUCACGUGAUUUAAACGAAGUCAAAGAUAUUCCAAUAAAUCUGGAAUAUAAGUCAACCGAUAUAAAUUCACAGCAAGACGAAAUCUGUUUAGAUAAAUCGAUACUUUUGAAAACUGAAACUGAUACGGAUGAAGAGAAUAGCGUCUAA